AUGUUUCGCUCACUAUUCCCCUCAUGGGGACGUUGCACGUUGACCGGAACCAUUCCGCAGCGCUCAAUCUAUCUGCGAAAAGGUAUAUUCGAAGCAGAGAGGAGGUAUUUCUCAGGCAAUUCUUUGCUCCGCGCACAACGCAAUGACUCCGCAGCGCCAUUCAACACGCCGCAAUCGCAGCAGCGCAAUACUUCCACAAUGUAUUAUACCAUCAGUAUGAUUCUUGGAACUGUCGCUCUUGCCUACGGAUCAGUUCCUCUCUACAAAAUGAUUUGCCAACAGACCGGCUGGGGCGGACAACCAAUCCUCACCCAUCGCAAUGGAGACGGCGACACUGCCGGACGCGUUACACCCGUGACGGACUCCCGACGCCUCCGUAUUACCUUCAAUGGGUCUGUUUCAGACGUCCUGCCCUGGAAGUUUACACCACAACAACGAGAGGUGCGAGUCUUGCCGGGUGAGACUGCGCUGGCGUUCUACACAGCCGUGAACAAAGGCCCUCAGGAUAUCAUUGGAGUUGCUACAUAUAGUGUCACUCCGGGGCAGGUGGCGCCUUAUUUCAGCAAGAUCCAAUGCUUCUGCUUCGAGGAGCAAAAGCUAAAUGCUGGAGAGACGGUGGAUAUGCCAGUCUUCUUCUAUAUUGAUCCUGACUUUGCAACGGAUCCGAACAUGCAGGGCAUUGACACGAUCACUUUGUCUUAUACCUUCUUUAAAGCGAGAUAUGACGAUAAUGGUGUUUUGAAACCCAUCCAAUCAUGA